CCGACUAUAGGCGCUGCCACCUGAGGAGCCUGGUAGCCAAAGCAGCGGCAGGCUCAACCCAGAUCUCGCGAUACAUACUAAGCCUCGCGAGAUUUGACUGCUCGUCCGUGAGAGGCGGGUGGGUGUUCGUUCUGGGUGUUAUGGGUGGGGUCUGGCAUACGGCAUGGAGGCGUCUCUUUUUCUGUGGCUGGCACUCGUUUCACCGUGGGUCUACAGCGCGGCCUGCAGAGAGGGUAGAGCCGUUUCUUAGGCCAGAGUGGAAUGGGAUAGGAGGUGCCGAGAGAGGACUGAGGCUGCUGGGGACAUGGAAGCGCUGCAACCUUGGAGCCAGGGAUCCGGCAGUGCAGCCGUCGCGGCGGCCUAAGAGCUCGAACCCUUUCAGGCGCGCACAGGAGGAGGAAUGGCGGCGGCGGAACAAGACGGCCCUCACUUACGUGGCCGCGGUCGCCGUGGGCAUGCUGGGGGUGUCCUACGCCGCCGUACCCCUUUAUCGGCUCUACUGCCAGACUACUGGACUUGGAGGAUCAGUAGUUGCAGGUCAUGCAUCAGACCAGAUUGAAAACAUGGUGCCUGUUAAGGAUCGAAUCAUUAAAGUUACCUUUAAUGCAGAUGUGCAUGCAAGUCUCCAGUGGAACUUUAGACCUCAGCAAACAGAAAUAUUUGUGGUUCCAGGAGAGACUGCACUGGCAUUUUACAAAGCUAAGAAUCCUACUGACAAACCAGUAAUUGGAAUUUCUACAUACAAUGUUGUUCCAUUUGAAGCUGGACAGUAUUUCAAUAAAAUACAGUGCUUCUGUUUUGAAGAACAAAGGCUUAAUCCCCAAGAGGAAGUAGAUAUGCCAGUGUUUUUCUACAUUGAUCCUGAAUUUGCCGAAGAUCCAAGAAUGAUUAAGGUUGAUGUUAUCACUCUUUCUUACACUUUUUUUGAAGCAAAAGAAGGGUACCAGUUGCCAGUUCCGGGAUAUAAUUGAAGUCAGCAACUAAGUCUUCCUUCAAAGUUGUGGUUUUUGGGAAAAUAAUGUAUCCUGUCUUCUCAGAGGAGAAAUAUUGUACAAUAAUUUGAAGCCUUAUAUUUUAAAUAGCUAUUUUUUUCUCAACUAAUUUAUUUCACUUAAAAUUGAGAGAACAGGUUUAGCUUUUAUCAUAAGAAACCCACAUGUCUAGCUAGAAUGUAUGACUGACUAUUCAAUCCCAUACUGAAGAAUUUGAAAGUGUUAAAACAAACCGCUUUGUUUUUUAAAUAUGGAGGCAUGGACUUAAUGGUUCGGCUUAAGUCCAUGCCUUAAUGGUUCCCUUCUAGAUUAUUAACUCUUCAUAAUUAUAGCAAUGAAUCUGAGAAGGUUUUCAAAAAUAUAUGCUCAGGGUUAUUUGUUUCAAGUCAUAGGCCAGUACUUCUGACCAUGUUUAUUAUUAUGUCUAAAAGAGUUGGUUGCUAUUUUGAACAGUCAAUAUUUUAAAAGCUCAAAGUAGGAGUCACUAAGCCCUAACAGCUUGUCCAAAGAUUUAAAUUCUUAUUUCAAAUUUGACUUUUUGUCCUUUAAGAUCUAGGGCUAUUUUAUAUUCAGAAUUCUGAAUAAUUACUUUGAAAUUGUCCUAUCAUGAAAUUGAAAUAAAGUAAGUAUAUUUACUAGGCUGCUAGCUUUUACCAUCAUCAUUACAAGUCCAUGAAUGUUAAAAUGUACAGGUGGGAUUGUGAUGUACUGACAUCAGAAGUUCUUCCGGGAACAAACUUUGUAAAAAAAAAAAAAAUGUAUUAAAUUAUUUUAUUUUUCAUCAAA